AUGUGUAGAGGCCCUCAAAACGGAAGACAAAAGAAUACUGUAUUGGUUGCUUUCCGAAUUUCAGAAUCUCAGAAUCUCAGAAUCUCAGAAUCUCAGAAUCUCAGAAUCUCAGAAUCUCAGAAUUUCAGAAUCUCAGAAUCUCAGAAUCUCAGAAUCUCAGAAUCUCAGAAUCUCAGAAUCUCAGAAUCUCAGAAUCUCAGAAUCUCAGAAUCUCAGAAUCUCAGAAUCUCAGAAUCUCAGAAUCUCAGAAUCUCAGAAUCUCAGAAUCUCAGAAUCUCAGAAUCUCAGAAUCUCAGAAUCUCAGAAUCUCAGAAUCUCAGAAUCUCAGAAUCUCAGAAUCUCAGAAUCUCAGAAUCUCAGAAUCUCAGAAUCUCAGAAUCUCAGAAUCUCAGAAUCUCAGAAUCUCAGAAUCUCAGAAUCUCAGAAUCUCAGAAUCUCAGAAUCUCAGAAUCUCAGAAUCUCAGAAUCUCAGAAUCUCAGAAUCUCAGAAUCUCAGAAUCUCAGAAUCUCAGAAUCUCAGAAUCUCAGAAUCUCAGAAUCUCAGAAUCUCAGAUUCUCAGUAACUUCUAG